AGGAGAACUGGAACGGGAAAGAGUUAUCUCACUCUCCUUGUCUUGUCCUUUUUCUACCCUAUUUUUGUCACCCUGCCUCUCUCUCUCUCUCUCUCUCUCUCUCUCUCUCUCUCUCUCUCUCUCUCUCUCUCUCUCCCCCCUGUCUCUUUUUCUCUGCCGGUCGCUUUUUCUCACCUCCUGGGGCCAGUCUGGCAGCUCCUAGUCUGUCAUCAUAGCAGAACUGAGCUGUGCAGGCCUCGACAAGGACCACCAAACCACGUCUGUUUCUCUCUCUUUCUCUCACUCCUUUCUCAGGCUAUGAGAGACCACCGUUAACUGUGAGUGACUGAUCUAGCCUAAUGAAGUCUCCAGAGGCCAGCUUAGCAUCUCCACUUUGCUAGAAUCAGGUUCGAUUUCGCUCGGGUGGAAGCAAGGAUGACAUUUUGGCAUUAUGUAACGGAAUGCUGUUUGAGAGUUUGAUGUUGAAACCUAGUAUUAUUGAGUCAUAGAUGAAAGUCAGUGAUGAAAUCCUCCAUGUGAAAAGUCAGUUAGAGAAAGCUACUCUUUGGCGGUUCUAGCUGUUGCUCAGUGUCUGGACUCCUGACUCGGACUGUCUUGGCCGUGGGAAAGACUGAAAUUACAUCGCUCUCAUGGUGGACUAUUUUGAGCUCCCAGAGAGGGUGGCAGAGGGCAGGCGGCAGGUUUCAGAGCGCCGUUAGAGCAGGAGACCCCGAGCAGCGUCUGAAGUUGUCCAGUCUGAGCACCGCUUUAUCGUCUAACGGGAGUCAGCAGUGGAAGAAUGCUGUGUGCCACGUCACCAGAUCUGGAGCCUGAUGACAACACAUCGUUCUACAUCCUCAAUGUGGGCCAGCAUGUAGUCCCACUGCCAGGCAUGCAGUCUCACUCCCAGGUCAUCAGCACCUCGCCCCACCUGCAGUCCCACAAGGCCUACGAGCCCAUCUAUGAGGCCCACCACCAGGGCUCCAAGUACAGCCCAUCCCCUGGGGGGCCCCCCAAGGCCUUCGAAUGCCCCAGCAUCCAGAUCACGUCCAUCUCCCCCAGCUGCCAGCAGGAGAUGGACGCCAACGAGGAGGAGCUGCGGGCCAAUGGUCCUGACAGGGACUACCACGACAGACCCCAGUCCAGGGACCACCUGUACCUGCCCCUGGACCACUCGUACAGGGACUCCUCCCUCAGCCCCAGCCCCUGCAGCAGCCUGUCCUCCAGGAGCUGGUUCUCAGACGCCUCCUCCUGCGAGUCCUUCUCCCACGUCUAUGACGACGUGGACUCGGAGCUCAACGAGGCCGCCGCCCGCUUCACCCUGGGCUCGCCGCUGACCUCCCCCGGCUGCCCCUCUCCCCACACGGGCGGCAACCUGGAGGAGGGCCCCUGGCAGCACCACAACCCCGCCUUCGUCCACUCCCAUGCCCUCAACCUGUCACCGCGCCAGUCGCCGUGCCACUCGCCGCGCACCAGCGUGACCGACGAGAACUGGCUGAGCCCGCGGCCGCCGUCCCGACCCUCCUCCAGGCCCACAUCGCCCUGCGGGAAGAGACGCCACUCCAGUGCUGACAUCUGUUACCAGGGCUCCCUGUCCCCUCACCACUCCCCCACGCCCACACCGGGCCCCUCACCCCGGGGCAGCGUGACAGAGGACACCUGGGUGGGAAGCCCCUCCAUGGGCAUGUCCCCCUUCCAGUGCUGCCCCUCCGAGGCAGACAUCCCCUCCAAGACCAGGAAGACCUCCCAGGACAGAACGGUCUCACAGCCUGGGAAGGGGGACCUGGUGAUGGACGAGCAGGGGAACAUGUCGCCCCUGCUGGACUCCCCCUCGGACGACGCCAUGCACAGCCUGAAGAAGGACGGCCCUGGGGAACAGUUCCUGUCGGUGCCCUCCCACUUCACAUGGAACAAACCCAAACCGGGCCACACUCCCAUCUUUAGGACCUCCUCCCUGCCCCCUCUCGACUGGCCCCUGCCCAGCCAGUUUGGCCAGUAUGAGCUGAAGAUCGACGUGCACCCCAAGACCCACCACCGGGCCCACUACGAGACCGAGGGCAGCAGGGGAGCCGUCAAGGCCGCCUCUGGAGGUCACCCCGUCGUCAAGCUGGUUGGCUACAGCGAGAAGCCUGUCAACCUGCAGAUGUUCAUCGGGACAGCGGACGACCGCUACCUAAGACCGCACGCCUUUUACCAGGUGCAUCGGAUCACAGGGAAAACAGUUGCCACUGCCAGCCAGGAAAUCAUCAUCUCCAGCACAAAAGUUCUUGAAAUUCCUCUCCUACCAGAAAACAAUAUGUUGGCCAGUAUUGACUGUGCUGGCAUCCUGAAGCUCCGGAACUCCGACAUUGAGCUCCGGAAGGGCGAAACAGACAUCGGGCGGAAGAACACUCGUGUUCGGGUGGUGUUCCGUGUGCACAUCCCCCAGCCCAACGGGAAGGUGCUGUCUCUGCAGGCUUCCUCCGUCCCUGUCGAGUGCUCUCAGCGCUCAGCCCAGGAGCUUCCCCAGGUGGAGAAGUCCAACUUGACCAGCUGCCUUGUCAGUGGGGGAGAGGAGAUGGUCAUCACCGGCUCCAACUUCUUCCCAGAGUCAAAGGUCAUCUUCCUGGAGAAAGGCCCCGAUGGAAGACCACAGUGGGAAGUUGAGGCCAAGAUCAUUCGUGAAAAAAGUCAAGGAUCAAGCAUCGUGGUGGAGGUCCCGCCCUACCACAGCAAGACGGUGACCUCGUCCGUGCAGGUGCAGUUCUACGUGUGCAACGGGAAGCGCAAGCGGAGCCAAUCGCAUCGCUUCACCUUUCUGUCAGUCCUAGUAAAGCAGGAGCUCAGAGAAGAUAUGGACGCCCCUGCUGUGCCCCCCAUGUCCAUGUCCAUGCCCCAUCCUGCCAGCCUUGUCCGCACCCAGCUGCCUUCCCCUGAGCAGGGACACCCGCCGGACAGCCUUCUGUCCAGCUCCCCUCGCGGCCUGGCCCCAGGCCCCGGCCCCAACCUGCUCCCCCUGCAGUCCUCCUGCCCUCCCAUGGGCUCUCCAUCCUUCCAGCACCUGCCCCACCUCCAGGGCCGCAGCCUCCACACGCCUCCAGACUGUCACAUGACAUUUCACCCCGGCUCCUCCGCCCCUCCCCUCAGACCCGCCUACCAGCCUAUGCACAGCCACGUCCACGGGCACAACAUGCCCUACAACGGUCAACCCAGUCUUCCCAUGAACACCGGUGCCCCCCAGGGCUACGAGAGGAUGCCUUUCCAACAGGACCCUCCCCCCCCUCACCCCAUGGGGCUGAGUAUGGUGUACCAUCCCCCUCCCUCCUCCAACUCCCCCACCGCCCCCAGCCCAAACCCCAACAGCGCACCAAGCCAGCCUCCGACCCACUCGUCCCCUCACCUGCACACACUGGGCUACCACUGCCCCAACCCGGCCCAAGUUCCCUCCCCCAGCCACCCCCUGGGACAGCCCUCCCCUCAGCUGCAGCGCGCCAUGGGUUACCACCCCAUUGGGAAGAGAUCCGCCUCCUGCCCCACCCCAUCCAACGCCCCGCCCCGAAUGGUCCCCUCGCCCCACUCCGGCCCAUCCUCCCCCCAGCUGCACCAGCUGCCCUACCAGUCACCCACCUCGCCCUCCCCCACGGGCAGCCCCCUGGGGCCGCUGCAGCACUCAGGCCAGCCCUCCCCCCAGGCCAGCAGCCCGGUCAUGGCCAGCCUGUCUCCAGUAGGGCCCCUAGGGCACCCCCCGCUGGACUCCCAGGGCCCCUUCCCUCCUGCUCCGGAGGAGGAGAACGUGAACAUCAAGCAAGAGCCUGAAGAGAGGGAGCCCACGUUCCGCUCCAUAGGGCUGCAGGACAUCACUCUGGAUGAUGUGAAUGAGAUCAUCGGCCGGGACAUGUCCCAGACUCCAGGUGCACACGCUCAGUCAGUAGCACACAAUCAUUCAUAGCCCAGACUACUGCCAGGCCUCCACACACCCUGCUGGUCCCAGCUCCAGCCCCCAGGUCCAUCCACAGCCCUGCUCCCUGCCCCUGCCUCCCCAGGACAGGGCAAGGCAGGCCAGAGAGAGACUCUGGGCUGAAAGGCCUCAUCUCCACCUCCUAGACCUGCCCAGCCACUCCUAAUCAACACUCCUAGUAUUGCAACACACACUACUCCUUGUGCACAAGUACACAACAGGCCAACACACGCAUGACUGUCACACUCACACGCAUGACACAUGUCCCAAGCACAGUUGCACCCGUGCUGAGGCUAACAGUGCACACGUGCCGGUUGCGGGGCUGAAAGGCCGCUCUGCAGGUUGCGUCGAGCAGUGCAAGUACCCCAGUCAGGUAAGGCAGGGAUGCAGCGAGACAUGCUCGCUUGCUCUGCACAGGUUAUACUCUUCAGGCCCAGUGAGAAGGUCUUUGGUUCGGAAACUGACCCCCUCCACUCAAGCAGGUUCUAUGCAGCAGAACAGAUCUGAUUGGCUCAUGCAACGUGGCUGCCUCCAAUGACAGUGGCGUUCACACCGUGCACUAGAAACUGCAUCUUGCUUUUUUUCUAUUGGCCGGGUAUCAGUCGGGACAGAAUAGUAGGGUGAGGCAGACUGUUCACAUAGCGAUGUGUGUCCUCAUCCUGCCACCAGCAUAGGCCCUCGUGUGUGUUCCCUCUGAAGCUCAGUUGGGCUGGAGAGUGUUCUCCUCUGUAACACUGCCCCCUGGUCUCAGGUCUGGAGGUACGUGUGUGUGCGUGUGUGUGUGUGUGUGAUUUACCCGUUUCCAUGAUGCUGGACAGGAUCUGUAAUAUGCAACAUUCCACACUUCUAGUGUACUUCCAGCCUUGUAGAUAUCUGUACAUUAUUGCUUCCCCCCCCCCCCUCCUCCUCCUUUUUCAGGUUGAACAAAUGCCUUAUUAACACAUAGCAGCUUUGAAUAACAGCAAGAGCUUUCUGUUUGUUUUGCACAGCUGACGUUCUCGCUGAAUGAGGUUAACUCUUGCAUUGUUGUCAUAUAGAUUUAUGGGUGGGUCGAUGGACGUGAUUUAAACGAAUGUGACUUUGAAACAUAACUUUUGGACAUGGGUAUCUAGAUCACUCGUCUGUGUGCGGUUGAGCCUUCAGAGAGGUGGUGUGUUGGCUGUUGAACGACGGCGUCUGAAUGAUCCACAGAGGCAUCUGGGGGGUCAGAUGGCUGAGCGGUUAGGUAAUCGGGCUACCAAUCAGAAGGUUGCCGGUUCCAUUCCCGGCCGUGACAAAUUACGUUGUGUCCCUGGGCAAGGCACUUCACCCUACUUGCCCCCGAGGAAUGUCCCUGUACUUACUGUAAGUCGCUCUGGAUAAGAGCGUCUGCUAAAUGACUAAAUGUAAAUGUAGACCCGCCGAGUUCCUCUGAGCUCUGUCACGCAAUAAGUCACCUGAUUUCCAGGGAUCCCUCGUGUGCCUUCCACCCACUAACAACCACCAGAACCUGGCUGCUAUGGCAGCUUGUUCUAUUGGAUCUAUGAUAACUGCACAUUGGAACUGUAAAAAAUAUAUAUUUUAUAUAUAGGCCUAUAUAUAGUCCACUGUAUUUGUGUAAAGUCAGGUCCCUACACUCCAAACAACAAAGUCCAUGAUAGUUGUAAGGACACUGCCGAAUGAGGGUGGUUCUGCCACCAGCUCCGUGACAAUCACUAGUCAGUGUCUUCACUUGGGUCAAUCUUUCAUCCAGUCACCUACAACCUGGUGUCAUAUAAAUAUUAGUGAUUCUCUUUUCUAAUAAACCGAAAAGGUCCCUUUUGGGAGAAAUGCACAGUGGAAUGGAUGACAUUCUCACAGCAAUAACAAUGACUAUAAAUGCAUAUUACUGUACAAUUUGAGUAUUAUAGAAACACUUUCCAAAGAAUGGGUAAAGACUGAGUGUUUCAAGGUCUUUUAGAGGAUGUGGAGCCUAAUUCUGAAUGAUAGAUGGAUGGAUGGCACAGAAAAGAGAAAAUACUCUUUUGGGUUAAAUUGGCCUGCAAAAAAAAUACAAAAAGAAAAUAGAUGGCCACUCGAUGAAAAAUUGCUUUGGCUGUUUGCCUUAAUGAGUUGUCUUUGACUGGCGCUUUUGCAUGUUUUUUGUCGUUUUUUUCUGAGGGGGGCGUUAAGGAAAGCUUUGUCAGUCAUGCCCAGGUGGAAAUGAGACUAAUCCUGCUAUGCACUAAAACCCUGUGUGAUGCCUUUAAAAACCCCAGAAAUCGAAAAGAGAAAAAAGAAAACCUUGAUGCCUGUAGUUGUAGACGGCUUAGAUGCUUUGAUCGAAUGUUCUAGAUAAGCAAACCAGAUUUAUUCUUUCUGUAUAAAAAAAUUCAGUGAAUUUGUCUUGUAAAGGACACAGUGCAAGCGUCUUAAUAGUAUAGUGUGUGAGUGUGUGUAGGUGUGUUUGCACCCAAUAAAUUGUACAUAAGCAAGUCCUAACUGACUUUCAACGACAAAAAAGCACACAGAUGCAUUAGGCUAUGCAAACCACAACAUGACGAUGGGACAUUUGGCAUCAAAUACAAAUGACGGAUUUGUAAUGUGUUUGUUUUCCCUCUCAUGAACUUUGUCACUUGUUGAACGGUUUCAAAUAGAUGUCACGACUUGACUGUGUAAACUGUAGCAAUGCCUUAACUCAUGUUCGAAUACCAAUUGUUGGUUGUCUGUACGCUCUUCCGUGUUGAUUUAGGAAGAACCUUUGGGUCAUUUUUGGACAGGUUGUUAGCUGGGUGGUUGGGUAUGGGGCUGGGAGAACCCUGCUGAAGACUGACCCAGAUGUCCUCUUCUGUCAAACCAAAGACCGAUCAAUUAUGUUCCCAUUUUACAUACAGGUACAGCAACACAGACGUAGAACUCUAUUUUUGAUACUUUGAAAUGGAUGUCAUUCCUAAAGGUUGGGGACAUAUAUAUAUCUAUAAAUAUAUAUAAAAUAAUGUUUUGUAAAAUAAAGGGAAAUACAGGUUUAGCUGAUGUUUACAGAGCCUUGUCAUUUCGUGUACAUUUUGUAUUUUAACAUUUUGUAAUUUCUAAGACUGCAGUGCUUUUUGAAAUUAUUCAAAGGUAAUACCUUGCCUCCUAGGAUCUUUAGUAGUGUAUGAAUAAAAAGAAAAAUAUCCAA